GCUGCCUGUAGGCUAUAUAAACAGAUCAACCCUGAGCUCUACACCAUCACCACUUUACCUGGCUUUGUGUGAAGACGCUUUCCUGAAGAGUUUACAGUUUUGUUUCAAAAGACCAUAUUCAAUAUGGAAAUAACCAUCACUAUGCUGAACGGGAUGUCCCGUACUUUGACGGUGAGCCCACAGGACACAGUCGGCCGUCUGAAGACGCUCAUCCAUGGGUCACUGGGGGAGGCUCCUGACAGACAGAGGCUGGUCCUGGACAGGAUCGAUCUCAGCGAGGACUCAAAGCCGCUCAGCUCCUACGGAGUACAGCAUGGCUCCAGGGUGGCUCUGCUGGUGACCGAGCAACAGGUGACCGAACCGCAACCCGUGACCGAACCGCAACCCAUCGAGGUGUUCUUCAUAAACGACAAGGGCACGAUCCAGCAGAGGCUCGUCUGUCAGGGCCGGGAGCUGAAUGAUGGGAAACUGUCAGACUACAACAUCGAAAAGCACAGCACCAUCGACUUGGCUCUCCGCCUGAGAGGAGGCUGACGACACAUGGUUAAUACACCAGAAAGUAAUUUAUAAUAUAUCGUUAACUACUAAUGAAGAUCAAAUAUUUUACCAUAUUUUUUAUUUAUCUGCAGUCUGGGCUAUGUCGCCUCAAAGUAAUUUAUAAUGUCUUGUUAAAUAAAAAUGACGAUGAAA